AUGUCCUUCGGUCGAUCUUUCUCGUCUGCCUCCCCCGUCAUGGCCCUUCCACCUCAACCCGCCCACCAAGCGAGCUUCGGCAUGGAGUCGUACGCCUCCCAAUCUGCGCCGUUCGGCCACGCUGCGGCCUUCCAACGCUGCGUCGCGCCUGCCGCGGCACCCUCCGGGAACUUGAGAGUUGCCGGCCGCAAACGCUCGCGCGAUGAGGCCGCCCCCAACCUUGUCGCGGACGAGCCCGAGCCUCACGCUGAACCUAAAGAUCUCGAGGAAGAGUGGGAGUAUGGUCCUGGCAUGGUACUCAUCAAGAAGGGCGGUUAUGUCGCCGACGCAAGCAGUCAGUCCGGCACGUGGGUCGAAGAGAAGGCCGCAGAGGAUGAAGCUCGCAGAACCAAGGAGGCAAUCACGCGUCUCCACGAGCAGCAACAAAGACCGUCUCUACGCAGCAACAAGUCUCAACGUCUGACCCAAAACGACAUGCCCAGUUUUGACAUAGUCAGCCAACCUGUCAGCAGUGCUCCCAGCACUGCGCCUCCCCCUCUCGAGAACUCGGCACAGCCCGUCGUCGACCAAUUCACCCUACAUCUCGGUAUCGGCUGGAGGCGCGUCAGCGAGGAUCAUCACAUUCAAGCCGCUGCUCGUGGAUGGGCUCGGUACAUCGAAAACCAUUACCCCGUUUCAUCCGCCAUCAUUCGCCUUGAAAGCAAGGGACUUCAAUCAUAUCUAGUCGAAGCUGCCGAGGGCUUCUUUCUCUUCUCGGAAGACCUGCGGCAGGGGCGUCUUGUCAGUAAGGACGCAGAGGGCGCGCUCAGGAAUCUGAAGUGUUGCCCCCCGGCGUUUGACGGUUCCGAGACCCUCGCUGCUACCGAAUCGCCAUCAGCAAACGGUCCACCUAACUUGGCACUGGUAACGGAGGCCGAUAGCCAUAUGGAUAUGUGCUGA